AUGUCGGGAAUGGAGGCUUUAUCCAACGAUGCUGUGACAUUUAAAGAAGAUGACACGUCUAUUGUAGAGGCGGGAGACCACAUCGACGAUGACUUUGUCGGUCACCGAUAUAUGUUUUACAGAGAAAGGAAGGAGUGGGCUGAUUUGGAGCCUGUUCCUCAAGACGAUGGGCCAAACCCUGUAGUAAAGAUUGCCUAUUCAGAGCGGUUUGCUGAUGUUUUUGACUAUUUCCGUGCCUUAUUGAAGAAUGAUGAAAAGAGUGAACGUGCUUUCGCCUUGACAGCAGAUGCUAUUGAGCUGAAUGCUGCAAAUUACUCAGUGUGGCACUACAGGCGAGUAUUACUACAAGCAUUGUCCAAGGACUUGAGGGAAGAAAUGAGGUACAUUACAGCCAUCAUUGAGGAUCAACCUAAAAACUACCAAGUUUGGCAUCACAGACGUCUAGUAGUGGAGUGGUUAAAUGAUCCCUCGGAGGAGCUGGAAUUCAUUGCGGACAUCCUCAGCCAAGAUGCUAAAAACUAUCAUGCCUGGCAGCACAGACAGUGGGUUAUCCAGGAGUACAAACUGUGGGACAACGAGCUUGAAUUUGUGGAGAAUCUCUUGGAGGAAGAUGUAAGGAAUAAUUCUGCCUGGAACCAGAGACAUUUUGUCAUUUCGCAUACCACGGGCUUCUCCGACCAAGCUGUACUUGAGAAAGAGACUGAAUACUGUCUGACCCAGAUCAAAAAAGCCCCCCACAAUGAAAGUGCUUGGAACUAUUUGAAAGGGAUGCUUCAAGACAAGGGUUUAUCGUCUCAGCCUGGGAUGUUGGAGAAAGUCUUAGAGCUCAAGGAGACGCAUUGUUCCUCUUACCUUCUUGCAUUUCUCUUUGAUUGUUACGAGGAUGCUUUAGAGAAUGGCUGUCAAAAAGGAAAAGAGGAAGACCAGGUGGAAACCUUAAAAAGAGCGCUAGAAAUAUGUGAACUCUUAGCCCAUGAGAAAGAUACCAUCCGCAAAGAGUAUUGGCUUUUUUUGGGACGUUCAUUGAAGAACAAGUACGAAUCGAGUGAGCUAUUCGACUCUGAACUUCCAUCCCCGACGGCUGAGCAGCAGGAGACGAACUAG